AUGGACCCAAAAACCUCCUCAUAAACCCUUCUUCCCUCUUCUGUUUCUAGAGAGAGAGAGAGAGAGAGAGAGAGAGGAAGCCAGGAGAGAGAGAGAAAUGGAUCCCGACGACUUCAAGUGCCCGAUUUCCCUAGAGAUAAUGUCGGACCCUGUUAUACUCUCGUCGGGCCAUACCUUCGACCGGUCGUCAAUCGAACGGUGGUUAGACUCCGGCCACCGUACCUGCCCAAUUACCCAACUUCCCCUCUCCGAACCCCCUUCUCUCAUCCCCAACCACGCCCUCCGCAGCCUGAUUUCCAAUUAUACCCCCGCACCUCUCCCAAAACCACAGUCCCACCCUCACCCUCCCCCGCAAACCCUAGUCUCAACCCUAACCUCCCCUUCCUCCCCCAUCACCUCCAAGCUCAACUCGCUCGACCAACUCACUAAACUCUCCAAGCGCGACUCGGCCCUCCGCCGCUGGCUCACCGAGUCCGGCGCAGUCUCGGCCGUGCUCGACUGUGUCGACUCGCCCGACUCCAAUCUGCAGCACAAGGCCCUUAAUUUGCUUUUGAAUUUGAGUCUGGAUGAUGAUAAUAAAGUGGGUUUGGUGGCCGAGGGCGCGAUUGGCCGCGUCGUCGCCGCCCUGCGCGGCGGGGGCACGGUGCCGCCCGAGUUGCGGGCCGUGGCGGCGACCACGCUGACGAGCCUGGCCGUCGUGGAGGUGAACAAGGCGACCAUCGGGGCAUACCCGUACGCGAUUCGGGCCCUUGUUUCCCUCCUCAGAGAGGGUAACGGUAGGGAAAAGAAAGAGGCUGCCACGGCCUUGUAUGCUAUAUGCUCGUUUCCGGGUAACCGGGUACGGGCCGUGGAGUGCGGGGCGGUGCCCGUUUUGAUUGGUUUGGCCGGGGCUGGUAUGGAGCGGGCUGUUGAGGUACUGGGUUUGUUGGCAAAGUGUAAGGAAGGUAGAGAAAAGAUGGUGGAAGUGAGUGAUUGCAUUAGGGUUUUGGUUCGUGUGUUGAGAAAUGGGAGCUCUAGAGGGGUGCAGUAUGCACUGAUGACACUUACUCUGUUGUGUAGUAAUAGUAAGGAUGUGUGUUUGGAGGUUUUGAAAGCGGGGGUUGUUGAGAUAUGUGUGAAUUUGUUGGGGAUUGAUAAUGAGAAGGUUAGGAGGAAUGCUUCGAGUUUGAUUCAGGUUCUCCGGGGGAAGCGGUCGAUGGGUUGUUGAUGGUUGGUUGAGUUUGGAUUUUGGAAAAAGGAAGUGAGAGUGUUGAUCGUGUUGUCUUCUGUCUUGGUGAGUCGGGUUUGAUCCUCUUUGCUUUUGAUUGGUUAUUGUUUCUGUACAUUAAGGGGAAAAGAAAAAAAGAAUAGAUGAUGUUCUUUUGUAGUACCUUGUACCUUGUACAUUGCAAUAAAGAUGAAAAAAAAAAGGAGCUUUCUGUUUUA